AUGUCGAUAACUGAAGAACAGAAACGAAUUGUGAAAUCAACGGCACCAAUUUUGAAAGAAAAUGGCAAAGAAAUCACAUCGAUAUUCUACAAACAACUGUUUAAAAGUCAUCCUGAAUUACUGAAUUUAUUCAAUCAAACGAACCAGAAAAUCGGAACUCAACCAUUAGCUUUAGCCAAUACGGUUUACUUUGCUGCUGAGAAUAUUGAUAAUUUAGAAGUUCUCAUGCCACAAGUGUUAACCAUUGCAAAUAAACACCGGGCAUUAACUGUUCAACCAGAACAUUAUCCAAUUGUUGGUAAACAUUUACUCGAUGCUGUUGCGGAAUUUCUUGGUGAUAAAGCAACGGAAGAGAUUUUAGAUGCGUGGACAGCUGCUUACAAUCUCAUUGCUUCGAUCUUCAUCAACAUUGAGAAAGAUUUGUAUGCAAAAUUUGAUCAAGACCAACGUGACAAAGGUUUUGUCCCGUUAACCAUCAUCAAGAAAGAACGAGUUGCUAGUGGCCCGAUCAUUGCACUUACAUUUCAACGAUCUGAUGGUGGGAAAAUGUAUAAAUUUCAUCCCGGACAAUACUUAACUCUUCGAAUAAAAAAAGGCAACUUUUAUCACAAUCGACAUUACAGUUUAACUCACCCAUUCGAUGGAAAAACUUAUCGCAUCGCCAUUAAACAAGAGCUCAAUCGUGUACCAAAAGGUGUUGUUUCAAAUGAAAUUCUCAACCAUUAUCGAAAAGGUGACAAAAUUCUGGCGAGUUUCCCCGCUGGAACAUUCGCUCUAAUCAAAACUGCGAAAGAUCAUCUAUUCAUUGCUGCUGGAAUUGGUAUCACGGUGUUUUCUUCGAUGAUUCGAGAUUUACACAGACAGUGUAAAGCAGAUCGAGCAACAUUGAUUCACUGUGUACCAACAGAUGAUUACGCUGCUUUUGCCCACGAAAUGCGUUCGAUUUUACCCAAAAAUCAAUAUCAUCUAUUAACACAAGGUCGACAUGUUUUGCAAGGUCUUAUCCGAGAUACCAUCAAGCCGAAUACACAUGUUUACGUAUGUGGUUCAAUUUCAUUUAUGAACAAAGUCGAAGAAUAUCUCUUGGAAUGCAAUCAUCCAUCAUCGCAUAUUCAUAGUGAAGCAUUUCGACCGAUACUCAGCACGAUUAAAAAUGCAGCUAAAAAUGAAUCCCAUACAAAAUCUUUAUAA